GCCACAACAUCAACACAACAAAAAGGGACGCCAAAAUGCCGACAUUUUACCCGUCCAUCUCCUCGAAUCUCGCCGACUGGGCAUUAAACCAACCUCUCUUCUUCACGGCCUCGGCGCCUCUUGCUGGCCGACACGUCAACAUCUCCCCCAAGGGCCAUCCGCGGAGUACGUUUCGCAUCCUGGACGAGAACCACGCGGCGUACAUUGACGCGACGGGAUCCGGCAGCGAGACGAUUUCGCAUGCCUACGAGCCAGGCAAUGGUCGCGUGACGAUCAUGUUUUGCAGCUUUGGCGCCUCGCCGCGCAUUAUGCGCUUCUUUUGCAAUGCCAGUGUGGUUGAGUGGGAUCAAGGAUCCAGGUGGGACGAUGCGGUGAAGAGGUUUGGCAUGA